UGCUCGACAGUGCCUCGGUCUUCUGGUCGCCGCUGCUGGCCGAUUCUCGCGUGGGGCUCCCGCGCGUGCGCGCGCGCGCGCCCGCGCAGGCGCCGCCCGUUUUCCAGCCGCCUCUGUCUGAGGAGAGGCUCCUCGGGGGACCGCGCGGCACCGCGCGGCUCCUCGGCUUUUUGCAGCUGCCUCCACCCUGGGAGGGCCUCGGAUACGUCUAUGCCAAGUCUUCUCCGGAUCGAGCAGGGAGGCCCUGA